UGUGGGGGCCGGGCAGGGUAGUGAUGGCGGCGGCGAGAAGCGAACGGGGCUGGCGGUGGAUGAUGGUCGCGUCUGUCUUGCUCGUCGUGUUGCAGGUGUCAGGCGCCGCCUCGACUGCCGCCCUGCCCAUAGUCAUCAACACCUGGGCGUUUAGGAAGGCCGCAGAGACAGCUUGGAGAGUAUUACAAUUGGGAGGUUCAGAGCUGGAUGCAGUUGAGAGAGGCUGUGGUCAGUGUGAAAUUGACCAGUGUGAUGGGAGUGUGGGAUAUGGAGGAAGCCCAGAUGAAAGUGGAGAAACAACACUGGAUGCAAUGAUUAUGGAUGGCAACACUAUGGAGGUUGGGGCAGUUGCAGAUCUGAGGCACAUAAAAAAUGCAAUUGGUGUAGCACGAAAAGUCAUUGAAUACACUAAGCAUACGUUAUUAGUGGGAGAGUCAGCCUCCCUGUUUGCUGUAAGAAUGGGAUUUCCAUAUGAAGAUUUAACUACCCAAAAAUCUCUUUCGAUGUAUUCAAAGUGGCUUAAUGAAAGCUGUCAGCCAAACUACUGGAAGAAUGUGGUUCCAGACUCUUCAAAAUCCUGUGGACCUUACAAACGACCUGAGGAAGUAACUUGCAAAGAACAGACCAUCUUACAAAGAAGUAUUCGUAAUCAUGAUACCAUUGGUAUGGUUGUAAUUGGUGGGAAUGGAACUGUUGUUUCUGGGACAUCUACUAAUGGUGCAAUCCACAAAAUUCCAGGCCGUGUAGGAGAUUCUCCGAUAGCUGGAGCAGGAUCAUACGCAGAUAGUACAGCAGGAGGAGCUGCAGCCACUGGGGAUGGUGACAUCAUGAUGCGCUUCUUACCCAGUUACCAAGCUGUGGAGUAUAUGAGGAUGGGAAUAGACCCAACAGUCGCCUGUCAGAAAGUUAUUUCCAGAAUCCAGAAGUAUGCUCCAAAGUUCUUUGGUGCUGUUAUAUGUGCCAAUACAACUGGAAGUUAUGGGGCUGCAUGCAAUAAAAUUCCAGGAUUCACUGAGUUUCACUUCAUGGUUUCUAGCCCUUUGCUAAGUCAGCCAACUGAGCAAGUAGUAGAUUGCAUUUAAUUUAUUUUGUCCUGUUAACAUCUAAACUUAGAGGAGAAAAGUGCUGAGGUUUCCUACAUGUUACUUUUUCUCAAAUGAUUGUUCAUUUUCGCUGUUGCAUAAUCAUGUGAGCAAGGUUAAUGGUGCACCAUUUUUAAUAUCUUCUACUGUAGUAUGGCUUUGUGAAGUGAAAGUACACUUAAUCUAUAAGAUCCUAAUCUAAUUAUCUUGGUAACUGAUUUUUAAAUGAUUGCAAACUGGUAUUAUAAUCUAGAUCUUAAACAGUGUAGUUUCAGGUUAGUGAAUAUAGUUGCAAAAUUACAGUUAUAUUUUAUUAUACUUUAACAGCAUAGACAAUUCAUGACUUCAAAAAUUUACAUCU